AUGGCAGAACAAGGUUUAAGCGACGGUCCAGGCGAGGUGCCAGUUUAUGAAGAAGCCAAAGCGACUGCCGCCGAAUUUUCUCCGUACCCGCCAUAUGCUACGGAGCCUGCUCCUCCAUCAGUUGCUGACACAAUAAUAGCAGGCCGUGAUCUACGCAUCCAGCAUAAGUCAACACCUAGAAAAUCAGUGCGAUUGCCGCCCCGACCUGCAAAACCUAAGGGUCCAAAAGCAACUGAUGUGAAAUUGUCGAAACGUGCAGCCCGAGCGCACGCCCGCUGUCUACGCCGCUACGGAGCUGUUCUAACAGAUCGUUUGGAAUAUAUGUCGAAGCCGUCACGACGCAGUAUUAUUUACUUGUGGCGAGAACAUGCUCAUACGCUUCCAGCUGAAACUGUUAAAGCGCGUGGAGUGAAUCAAAUAAAGAAGGGUGUACUGGCUCUAUCUGGCGAUAAGAGAAUUGUAUGGGCGCGGAACGCCACGGUUGCGUUUGCUAGGGGCAUACAACAACGACUAUCAAGACCCGGAUCAUACGUUUUAGCUGAUGGAAUGCUGCGAUUGUCUAAUAUAAUUUUAGAAGAUUUAUGCGGUUACAUGCACAUGAGAAUGCCAUCAAGACGUUGCACUCAUCCUAAAGCGAAAUUUAUGAUGGAAAUGUCAGAUAAAGUAGCAGUUUGGAUCGACGAAAUUCUUGCGGAAAGUGACGAUCGCAUGUUGAUGAUGGACUUCGAUGAAGACAAUGGUGAAAUGUUGGAGGCUUUUACAAUAUUGACAGAUUUAAUGUAUAAGAAAGAAGAUAAGCAAUUACUUUCUUAUGGAAAAUUUAACCAAACGUAUACGGAAGCUGCGAACGUACUAAAAGAAACUCCCGAUUUCGAUGCAACACAAUUUAAUACAACAUUAGCAAACCAAUUGAAGAACGAUUUAGCAGCGGUUGCGAAACCCAACACACCAAAUAAUAUUGCUCCAUUUAUGAAAGACAUGGUCGAAAUCUGCUCUAACUAUCUAGCGCAACAUGCUGAAUUCAAUAAAGAUAAAGGUCCAUCAAUCAAAAUACUGUUAAAGGCAAUGCGUGCAAAAGGUAAUGAACAAUUGUAUCAAAAAGGAAAAGCUAAACGGACUUACACUAAAGCUGCAGCGGAAUUGGAAUGCGCAAGAGGUUUGGAAAGUGAUCAUGACGAUCCUAAUUUAUCUCAAGAAAUUCAUUCACGUUUAUCUAAAUUGAUAGAAACUCAAACUCCAGCUGACUUGAAAACAGAUAUGAAUGAAACCUUAGACGUAUGUUCCAAAUAUUUAUCGCAACGUGCAAUAGAUGAAAUUGAAAGAGGUCCAGCUUUUGAUAUUCUCAUAAAAGAAUUGGAAAAGCAAGGAGCUGACCCGUUCACACCACAAUAUCCAUGUGUCGAAACUAACUUUGCUGCGGCUUAUGUAUUAAAGUCAGCACCAGGUCUCUGUGGUGUGAUGCCAGAUGAAUCAAAGACUCAAACUUUUGUGGCAGCUUUGCAUAAAGUGGUUGAUACAGUUACUCCAAAAGCUCUAACAAAGGACAUGCACGAUAAAGCCUUGCAGUCAUUACUAAAGAUGAUGAAAAGUAAUCCAAAUGUCGAAUUGGCUAAGAGAAAUAAUUAUGCGAUGAAUUACGCUACUGCAGCCGCUGAAACUGAAGCUGCCCCCCUCAUUGUACCAUUUAUGCCGGUAAAAGACAUUGCUGAUGAGGUGAAAAGUAAACUGACAAAGGAUAUGGAAGGCAAAUUUUCAUCUGAUAUGGAAAUACCUGUAAAAGCUUUAAUACAAGACGUGUCAAGAUAUUUAUCACAGCCUAUUGCUAUGAGAAGUGGUGUAGCUGGGGAACGAUAUCCGAUAAAUUUCUUGGCAGCAGUUAAAAAGUCACUUGGAUCAAGACCUCUAUUCAAAUAUAAAUCUUUUGGUCAAACAUACGCUGAUGCUGCGGAAGAAUUAAAAUACGCGGGGCCGCUAGAGUCAGAUCCGAAAUGCGAAAACUUGCAACAUGAAAUAUUUUCGGAAAUGAAACGAGGUGUGCUAACCAGAUUAGCCCCGACUAUUACAAGCAAUUUAAAUGAUACAAUGGAAGAUGCUUCUAAGCAUUUAGCUAAAGUUGGAAGUGAAAAAGGUGAAGCUCUGCAACAUUUAAUAAAUUUAAUGAAAGAGCAGGGGGAAACCCCUCUUGGUCAAAUACAAGGUUAUCAGCAGAGUUACUUGGACGGCGCUAGGAGAAUAGAAAAUGCGCCUUCCUUAACAAAUGAAAAAGUCGAUAAAGGAGUGUAUGAAUCUGUUAGAAGAAAAUUAACAACCUUAUCUGAAAAAAAACCUGCUUCUGAGUUCGCAAAACAAAUGCCUGCAAUUAUCGAUGACGUUUCCAAGUUCCUGGCAGCUCCAUUCCCAGAAAGUGAAGCUGAAAAACGGCGUGUUUUGGCCGACUUAAUGGCACGGAAAGAAAAUGAAAUACUUGGUAAAGAAGGGAUUUACAAGCUAACUUAUGCCGAAGGCGGAGAAGAGUUAAUGAAAGCACCAGUGGGCAUAAAGGCCCAAGACGAAAAUACGAAAAAACAAUUACUAGAAAAAGUGAAUGCUGUUAUACCCGAGAAAAAAUUACAGGACGUUUUAAAAGUAUCCGCAAACGAAGGAGCAACUUACCUAAGUGAAAUAAUUAAAGGCAGGGGCGAGGCUAUGCAAGUGAUACACGAUGAAAUGAAGAAAGAAGAAGACAAAGACUUUAUUUCUGUCGGUAAAUUUUCUAAAACUCACGAAGAAGCAGCGAAAAUGCUUGAAACAGCUCCUCAUUUUGGCGGACAGCAUCCUUCACCAGUCUUAGUAGAUAAAGUAGCUGAACAAGUGGAAAAACUAUCCACGUCUAGUGUAACAGAAAAGGCUAAGCCUUUUAUUCCAGGUGGAUUAGACACAAAAGCUCUUGCGGCCUCAGAUAAAAGUAAUGUUGGUGGGGUAGAUGUUCCAAAGACAGAUGUUCCAAAGAUAGAUGUCCCAAAGAUCAGCGAAUAUAGAGUGACACCUCCAGUACCUCAAGUUCCCCGGACAUUGGUUAGUGACGGUCCUGGUACUAGCUCUAGAGCAGCAAGGCCUAGUUCGUUUGACGAAGAUGCUUUUAGAAAGCAAACGGAGAAAGAAGAAAGGAGGAAAAGAGAAGAGCCUGAAAGGAGAAGACGUCUAGAAGCUGAAAAACGCGGACCUGCUAUUGAAGAUGUUGAUCCAGAACGGGAACAUGCCUUGCAAAUUCUCCACAGUCAGCUCCGCGCGCGCGGCGCUGAAAUGUUCUACAAACAGCCGCACACAGAACUUACACAUGCAGAAGCUUUUCAAUGGCUUUCUGCGGAACCAUCUAUAAAAGUUGACAAAUCUAUAAAGGAAUGUAGUGACACAGCUCGCCUUCAUAAAAAGUUUGAACGUAAACUAAACCACGUGGUUAGCGCCAGUACUCCAGCAAACAUGUAUGAUACAAUGCAAGGUAUCUUCAUAAUU